GGACACCGAGGAAAGGAGGAAGUGGAUGAAGUCGACCGUUGGGCUCAACAGGUUAGCUCCUCCGAUGUUCUAGCAGCGGCUCGGACUUUUUUCUCUCUAAAAACAAACCAAGACGACACAAAAUGCCGCUGGGACCGUGGAGGAAGAAAAACAAGUCGACGAAGGAGCAUUUGGUGGACAACGAGGAGGUGAGCGGCGGACACGCAGGUGCCGGGAGCCCGGGGAAAUCCGUCGUGAACGGAGCCGGACUGCCGCCUCCACCUGCCGACCUGCGACCGAAGCUGGUGUUCCACACGCAGCUGGCCCACGGCAGCCCCACGGGCCGGAUAGAGGGCUUCAGCAACGUCAAGGAGCUGUACGCCAAGAUAGCAGAGGCGUUCAACUUCAGCCCACCUGAGAUCCUGUUCUGCACCCUCAACACCCACAAGAUCGACAUGGACAAGCUGCUGGGGGGGCAGAUCGGCCUCGAGGAUUUCAUCUUUGCCCAUGUUAAAGGGCUCAAAAAGGAGGUGGAAGUGUAUAAAUCUGAAGACGCUCUGGGACUCACCAUCACUGACAACGGAGCGGGAUACGCUUUCAUAAAGCGAAUCAAAGACGGCAGCGUGGUGGACGGGGUGAAGGUGAUCUGCGUGGGGGACCACAUAGAGUGCAUCAACGGACGCAACAUCGUCGGCACGCGGCAUUACGAGGUCGCCCGCAUGCUCAAAGAGCUUCCCAGAGACAAGUCCUUCACCCUCAAACUGGUGGAGCCAAUGAAGGCCUUCGAAAUGCUGGAGCCGAGGUCGAAGGGCGCCAAACCUGCCAACGACAACAAGAUGGGCACGGGGAGAGGAACUCUGAGACUCCGCUCCAAAGGUCCAGCUACUGUAGAGGACGAGCCGACAGAAUUCGAGGAGAAAGCCGUAAAGAAAGUAGACGACCUCCUGGAGAGCUACAUGGGCAUCAGAGACACUGAACUUGCUGCUACGAUGGUGGAGGUCGGCCGUGACAAGAAGAACCCGGACGAGUUCGCCAUGGCACUGGACGAGACCCUCGGAGACUUCGCAUUCCCCGACGAGUUCGUCUUCGACGUCUGGGGCGCCAUCGGAGACGCCAAGCAGGGAAGACUUUAAGUCUGCCGCUGCCCCGACGCAUACGUUCACCCAGAAAUAACCAAUAAUAACCCUUCCCAAACCCGCCUCCUCAGACUGGACAGACUUCAGCUCUGGAGUCUCAUGCAUCACCUGGUUCAGGCGUAGCUCCACUGUCAGCGCUUUGGUGUAAAGACCUCCAUGAAAUGAGGACCUGAAGAGUCGGUGAUUAAUCCCACGUUGUAGAAACCUUUUGUACCUCGGAGACACGAUAGCUGCAUUAAAAAGCCGCUGUUCUCUGUCAGGACUGUAGUAACAGGAGUCUGUCACACUGGUUAGAAAUGGUACAACCUGAAAUUUAACUCACUCAGCUCUGAUCACGUUUUCCAGCUGUGUAGUUUUGAAUAUAGAGACGUACCGCACGGCUUUUUAUAGUCUCUUUUUUUAUAUGUGAAAGUGCUGCUGAUUUUACAGCAGCAGCAUUCUGUAAUUAGCGUAAUAAUCGUAGCAAUAUCUGUCUCUAUGGCGACCUUUUAUUUCUUUAAAGAUCUUUUAAAUGAUAAAAAAAAAAAACAAAAAAAAAACACUCUGCUCUGUCCGUGUUGCUGAUCAGGUUUUCUUCUCUGUGCCUGGAGGUCGAGCAGCAGACAGCAGAGUUCUACCUUUUUCCUCGAAAUGCCUUCAGCUGACACAUUCCUGACGUCUCUCUGCUCCUCUAGUCCAGGGGUGUCCAACAUGAGGCCCGCAGGCCAAAAGCGGUCCUCCAGAGGGUCCAAUCCGGCCCUCAAAGUGGAAAAAUUCCAGAGAAGACAUUAACUGCAUAUUGUAAAUCAGUAAAACUAUAAAUCUAAAAUCAUUUCUAGACCAUGACAAGUUGUUUUGAUCAGAAAGGAAAAUACUAGAUUGUUUAUUGUUCUUUUGUGUCUCAUUUUUGUAAUAUUUUGUCUUAUUUUUGUUUUUUUUCUGAUUUUUGUUCUCACGUUUUUGUCGUUUUGUUUCUUGCUUUUGUCAUUUUGUCUUGUGUCAUUUAUAAUUUUUCCUGUCCAUUUUUUUGUCACUUUGUAACUUUUUUGUUGAAUUUUUAGUUUGUUUUUUUCAUGUCUCAUUUUUGUAAUUUUGUUUUGCUUUAUUGUUUUGUGCAUUGUUUUUGUCAUUUUGUUUUUUUUUGUCUCGCUUAUGUCGUUUGUACAUUUUUUUUGCCGAAUUUUUUCGUUUUGUGUCUCAUUUCUGUAAUAUUUUGUCUUGUUUUUUGUCUUUUUGAUCAUAAAGUAAAAUACUAUAUCGUUCAGUUCCGGUUACCAGUGACUAAAAUUAGUAGUUGUGGUUAUUUAGAGGUUAUUCUGCUGUGGUUUUACUGGUCCAGAUCAGUGCAGUGGAAACUGGACUAAGACGAGUUUGACACCCCUGGUCUAGUCUGUUAUCAUGAAACUAUGUAGAGAUGCACGGCUCGUGUUUUUGUUUUCCCUGUAAUUUAUUUCAUCAUGAAAAAUCAUCAUGCUGUAAGACAUUUUAGGGCUCGGCAUGAAAGCCACACUGUGUCUGGAACGGGAUCAACUGCAAUCCGAUGUCUUAAAUAAAUGCACUUUCUCUGUCAAACCGAAUUAAAACGGUGUCAUCUGGAGUUAAUAAGGGAUCACUGCUGUGCAUAGAAAUAAAAUCUGACAUCCUGUUGUAA